AGCGAGCGAGAAAACUUCCCAACAGGACCAGCCCGCUGCUCAGGCAGCCCAGUGUGUGUAGUAAGAGCGAUAUCGGGUGCCGUGCAGAUUGUUCUGAGGAAAGUUGAUGGAACGUUUGGUUAUCUUUCGGAUCCUAGCGAAUCAUUAAAACUUCGUAUUGUUGGCUACACGAGGAUUCAUACUGACAAGACAUUAGCUGCAUUUAUAUUCAAACUUUUUAAAGUGUCAAUGGGCUGACGACCUAAGCUAGCUAGCGUAAAGAAUGGGCUAGCUAACUAAAGGUUUGGAGAGCGAUUAAACUAACGUUAGCUAAACUUGCCAGCUAAAAGUUAGAUGAAAACGUAGCUCGGUUACCAACAAUGAUAUAACUACUACUGUUGGCGUAUGUUUCUGGUGUUAAACCCAAGUUUAUUUCGACUGAAUGUGCAGGUAACGUUACUAUUUUGGCACUUAAACUUCAUAGCCUGCUAGAUAAUUCAGGAGCUAACGUUAGCACAGCUACUGUAGGUAUGGGUUUUUUCUAGUUACUAAGCUAGCUAGCAGUAAUUGGGGGUUAUUUUUCACUGUCCGUAGUGGAACUGGGUCAACGUCCACGUACACCCUGAUAAGUAGCUAGCUACAUAAAUGUGCCUUGUUUUCCUUAAAACUAGCGUAACUUUAAAGGUGACUAGCUAGCUAGUCUUAGCAUUCGAACUAGGUAACGUUACUAGUUAACUAAAUGAAUAGUUACGUUUCAGAAGUUGAUCCACAAAUAAACUUGACCAGAGUGGCGACGUGGAGGAAAGUGGCAAACGUGUCUUACCAGGACAUUGGAAUACCAUGUUGGGACCGUCUUGACCAUUUGUGAAAUCGUUCUGAACGAUUCACGAGCAUUCCAAUGAGUGUAGAGGUCGUUUGAUUUUGCAGCAGCUUUGCACCCUAUGGUUCUGCUACAGACACCGAGAAAUGGAUGUUUCCAAGGUUGGUUUCCCAAACGGUGAGGGGCGACCGACAGACACUGGAGAGCAUGACUGGACAGAUUCCCCCAACGCAAGAGCUUGGGCUCAUUCUGCUCCUCUUUCCCGGUCGCUGUGGACGGCUGUGUUUGACUAUGGAAGUACUGGAGAAGACGAACUUAGUCUGCGGCGGGGGGACGUGGUUGAGGUCCUCUCGAAGGAUGCUGCGAUCUCGGGAGAUGAAGGAUGGUGGACGGGUAAAAUUAACCACCGAGUUGGGAUUUUCCCUGCGAAUUAUGUUACUUAUCAACCUGCAAUUUACAGACUUCCCGACGGUAGCACUGUAGGGGUGCGGGAGCGUCCGAGUACUCCCGUGCAAAUAGAUUUUAGUGAACUCGUUUUAGAGGAAAUCAUUGGUGUCGGGGGAUUCGGUAAAGUUUACCGAGGGGCAUGGAAGGACCAAGAGGUUGCUGUAAAGGCAGCCCGACAGGAUCCUGACGAAGACAUUACUGCAACUUCGGAUGGUGUUAAACAAGAGGCCAAGCUCUUCUCCAUGCUACAACAUCCCAAUAUAAUAAAACUUGAAGGUGUCUGUCUUGAGGAGCCGAACCUUUGCUUGGUGAUGGAAUAUGCUCGUGGAGGGACUCUUAACCGGGCUUUGACAGGCCGGAGGAUACCCCCACACAUUCUUGUCAACUGGGCUGUUCAAAUCGCCAGGGGCAUGCACUACUUACACGAGGAGGCUGUUGUGCCCAUUAUUCACCGUGACCUGAAAUCCUGCAACAUUUUGUUGCUUGAAAAAAUAGAGAACGAUGACAUUGGAAGGAAGACUUUGAAGAUCACAGACUUUGGCCUAGCCAGAGAGUGGCAUAACACCACCAAGAUGAGUGCUGCUGGCACGUACUCAUGGAUGGCCCCCGAAGUCAUCAAGUCCUCCCUCUUCUCCAAAGGCAGCGAUGUCUGGAGUUAUGGGGUCCUGUUAUGGGAGUUGCUGACAGGAGAGGUACCUUACCGUGGGAUUGAUGGGCUGGCUGUGGCCUAUGGUGUGGCUGUCAACAAGUUAACCCUCCCUAUUCCAUCCACCUGCCCAGAACCCUUCGCCAAGCUCAUGGAAGAGUGCUGGGAGCAGGACCCCCACAUCCGGCCGUCGUUUGCCUCUAUCCUGGAGCAGCUGACAGCCAUAGAGGAGGCGGUGAUGGCCACUAUGCCCCAAGACUCCUUCCACUCCAUGCAGGAGGACUGGAGGGUGGAGAUCCAGGAGAUGUUUGACGAGCUCAGGACAAAGGAGAAGGAGCUGCGUUCGCGUGAGGAGGAGCUGACGCGUGCGGCGCUGCAGCAGAAGUCCCACGAGGAGCUGCUGAAGAGGAGGGAGCAGCAGCUGGCGGAGCGGGAGAUCAACGUGCUGGAGAGGGAACUAAACAUCCUCAUCUUCCAGCUCAACAAGGACAAGCCCAACGUCAAGAAGAGGAAGGGCAAGUUCAAACGCAGCCGCCUCAAACUCAAGGACGGCAACCGCAUCAGCCUCCCGUCAGAUUUCCAGCACAAGAUCACGGUUCAGGCGUCACCCUCCAUGGACAAGAGGAGGAGUCUGAACAGCUCCAGCCCCCCCAGCAGCCCCACACUCAUACCCCGCCUUCGGGCCAUCCAGUUGUGUGCCCGCAUUGACAGUAUUCGAAGGGGCAGUAUGUAUGUGUAUCACCAGGAUGUGGAUAUCACCAGCGAAUGCCAGCCCUCUACUGGGUUUAGGAAGAAAGUGACUCUGGACGAGAGCAACAGGACAUGGGGACGAAGCACCAUCUACAAGCCGGAGGAGUUUGAUGACGUCAAGAAGGGGAUUAAGAAGAAGGGGCGAACGUGGGGACCGAGCUCCGUUCAGACCAAGGAGCGGGGAAACUGUGCUGAAAGAGUGAGGCCACUGUCUGAUGGAAACAACCCCUGGUCCACCAGUCUGGUGAAGUCCCAGAAGUCCGUUCCAUUGGCUGCAUUGUUUGCAGAGCAGCAAGGGACCAAUAAAGAUGAGAUUUGCUCACCAGAUAGCUCGGACAACAGCAAACCAAAGCAACUGAAGUUCCCCAAUCAGGUCUACAUCGAUCUACCUCUGUGGAAGGAUGAGCAGCAGCAGGGGGGUGAGGGGACGGCAGGAGGCUGCCCUGGGGAAGGCCUGGAGGACCCCAGCACCACCUCAGCCAGCUCCACCAGCACCACCCCCCAGCACACCCCCACCAACAGUCUGAAGAGGGCCUCAGCUCGCCGCCGGACAGAUACCGUGCUUUACGUCUGUGCCUCAAUGCUGGCCUCGGUGGGGCUGGGCUUCGACCUGCGUGACACGCUCAAGGCCCCACCGGGAGACGACCCUGAGCCCCAGCCCAGCGUGGAGAAGAAGAAGAAAGAGGGUCUGUUUCAGCGCGCCACACGCUUCCGCCGCAGCACCAGCCCCCCUUGUGGACGUUCCUCUCGCAAGGAGGAAGCAGCCUUAUCCUUGUCGGCGGGCUCCCAAGGCCCUGUCAACCUCAUCUCCAUGUCCUCCAUCUCAGAGUGCAACUCCACCAAGUGCCUCCUGCAGUCGGACGCGGAGGGGCCUGAGCCCAUCCCUGUGAAGGAGGUAGACCCCAGAGCACAGCCCAACAGCGGCUCCCAGCCACAGGGUCCGGGCAGCAGGACUCAAGCUGAGGUCGAGCCCCUCCCCCAGCCUGCAGCCCCAGAGCAGACUCCGCCUCAGAGCAUGGGCUCUAGCCUCCGAAGGAAGAACUCAUCUGUCGUUCAGGACACUAAUGGUACAUCUGGCUGUCACACAACCUCGUCGGGACAAUCUUCCACCAUGACCUCUCAGAAGAAGUCUGACAGGGAGGAGACCCCUGAGAGAGCAGCCAGUGGGGAGACUGUUGCUUCCAGACCCCGGCCUUUGUCCCUCCGUGGCAAACCCCACUCCUGGGGUCUCUUGAGGGGCCAAAACAAGAGCUACUCCCUGGGCCACUACUCUGGUGAGAAGAGCGCCAGGAGCCUCAACAUCGUCCUCUCUUCCGCUGAGGUCAAGAUGGACUGCUCUCUGCUUGACAUGGACACGGAGGGGCAGAAACGUGACUGCACCGUGCCCCUCUGCCGAAUUCAGAGCAGCCCCAGUCGCCCCUCCGUCUUCGAACUAGAGAAAAAGUUCUUGUCAUAGCAGAAAUAAGCUGCCUUAUUACCAGGCUACCAGAGCAGAAUCUUUAACGUUUGAGUUGGAUCAACAACUCUUAUUUGACAUUCCAGGGCAUUCCACUGCCCUCAUGUUUUUUUUAACCUGAAUGUGGGCCACUGCUGCUUGAUGAUACCUGUGCUUUUUUAUUUAUAUCUGUAAUAUUUUGCUUGGUAAUUUAAUAUUGGGGGAAAAAACAUAUUUCAAUAGCAUCAGGUUGAUUGAACACAUUCCAUUUUUUGUUGCAAAAAUGGCGCCAUUUCUGCACACACACUGGUUUGGAUCGUGGCAUCUCAAGUUAGAAAAUGAUGCGUACUUUAAAAUGUCAAACAAUGUUCAUUUGCUUUUGUCUAUAAAUAUAUUUUUCUCCAAUUUGAUUUAAUGCUGGUUAUUAUUUUGUUUUCUAUUGAUUUUGUUCAUCGAUUCUAUUUUAUAGAUGCCACAGUGUUUAUUUUAGGACAAGUUCUGUCCAAUGUCAGAGGUAAUAUUGAAUGUCUUUGGCUCAUCUUUGACUUCUGUCUGGAAGUCAACAUGUGGCUCAACUGACAGAUGUAGAGUAACAGUGCAACCAACAACACUGGAGAUCCUAGUCUCAACACUGAAACACUAAGCAAGGCCUGGUCAGCCACUACCUUACCACUAUACGACUAGACAAGCGUUACAAACAACUGAACCAGUCCCACUACUGUACAGACUAUUCAGCAUUAUUCGCUGCUGUGUUUUUUGUGGAAUAUGACCAUUUGGCUCGAAACCAAUUCACAUGGGGGCUUAGUCUACCUAGCUUCCUGUGCAAACACUAUUUUGAAGAACAAAGAAAUGGUGAUUGGAUGGGGGGAAAGUAUGAAGGUGUUUUAUUUGGCUUAUCAUAAAUGUAUAUUCUGUAUGAAUGGUUAUCAUUACAGUAUUGAUUAUUUCACACCUUUGUUCCUAAAGAUGGAAUGACAUUUUGAAAAAACAUAUUCCAAUACUUGUUUGAGUAACAGAUGCAGUAUUCCUUAGCUUUUUGUUGACAGGAACCGCCUUUUUGAUGCACCUAGACUAUUCAAGUUGUUAUCGUCUAAAUAUUCAGUCCCAUGUAAGUCAUCAGUACCGAGCAACAUGUAAAACUGUCCUGUAAAUAUCCAACGUACAGUAUUUGUUUGUCCCGUUUAUACAGUUUUCAAAAAAUAUUGAAAGUUAAUCUCCUUUUGUAGUACUAUUUUAAAUCUGGAGUACUUCUCUUUAUUUAAAUCAACAUUCCUAACAGUACCUCCCAGUCAGCUGUUGAAGUCAGUACAACUGGAAGAAUAUCUUAUUUAAAAAAAAAAUAAUGAAACACUGCCUUUGAGAUCACAUUGUCAUAGCUAGAUAAUUUAUGGGGUCCUUGCUAUAUCCUGACAUGUUAUGCCUGCCAUUAAUACAACAACUUUGAUAAGGCUUUCUUUUUCAUACUUUUUAUUAGCAUUGUGUUUGCUGUGCUUGGGAGAAGAACAGUGCAAGAGAUUGAGACAGACAUUUACAGAUCUUUAGUUAUUUAUUUUUUUGAAACUUGUUUUAUCACAUUUUGUUCACACCGCAGAAUCCCAGUGCUGUUUUAUCCCCAUAUUAAUAAUCACAGGCUUUAAGUAAUACUUCAGUUGACCUCAACCUUCUUUUAUACUUGAACCACUUCAAGAAUGGCUGAUUAGCAUGAUAGGUCUUUCAACCAGCAUGAAUCCUCAGAAACCCCCCACGUUCUUUCUGGAAAUGUAAAUCAACUCAAGAUGACCAUACUAAACAAAUCUGAAUGCAUACCGUCAGAAAGUAUUUACACCCCUAGACUUU